UUCAAUGGGGCACAGUGGGGAGUGACAAGCCUUGGGGAGCAAAUAAUUUUCCAGUUUAGUCCGCACUUCCCAGGGACUCUCUGUAGCUCGCAGAGAGCCCAGACAAUUUUAUCAGAACAUUCUCGAUAAUUUUCUUGGUGGGGAAGGAAUUUUUUUGGCCGCGUUGAUAACUCGUCUGGUUUUUACUUUCUGGCCAGGUCAACUACUUAUCAACAAAAAAAACCACAAAAAAAUUCAUUAAAAUAAAUACGCGGUGAGCUGUGUUGAGAAGAUGCCUUGCCCGUUCCUGAGUAACUUCAAUGCCAACUUUUUGCGCAAUAAUGCGUCGCUGUUGCUGAAAACCUACGGGCAUCACUGCCCGGUGCUCACGAACACCAUCCAGGGGGAGAUUGCCCCGCAGAUGGCUGUUGUGAAGCGCAAUUUCAGCUUCCUGUCGAAGAAGAGUCACGAUGAAGCGAAUGUAGCACCCAAAAAGUGCCCCUUCCUGUCCACUGCCACCACCUCCAAGCUCGUCACGGAGGUGCGUGAGGAUAUUCAGGACAUUCCAUCGACGCGAUCAUUCCAAUAUGAGGAGUUCUUUGCUGAGCAGAUUCAGCGCAAGAAGAAAGAUCACUCCUAUCGCAUCUUUAAGAAGGUUAAUCGUCUUGCGGAGCAGGGGAAGUUCCCAAGGGCAAUGGAGUACUCCUGGGGUGAACGCCCAAUCACCGUUUGGUGUUCCAAUGAUUACUUGGGAAUGUCUUGCCAUCCGGAAGUGAAGGCAGCCGUGCGGAAGGCUCUUGAGGAGCACGGUGCCGGUGCUGGGGGGACUCGAAACAUUUCCGGAAAUUCUCUCUAUCACGAACGUUUGGAGAAGCGUCUGGCGCAGCUGCACAACAAGGAGUCAGCUUUGCUCUUCUCCUCGUGCUUUGUGGCCAAUGAUUCCACGCUGUUUACGCUGUCGCGCCUCCUUCCGGGAUGCCACAUCUUCUCGGAUGCUGGCAAUCACGCUUCAAUGAUACAGGGAAUCCGGAAUAGUCAAGUACCGAAGCAUAUCUUCCGUCACAACGACCCCAAUCAUCUGAGGGAGAUGCUGAAGAAGGUGGAUAAGAAUGUACCGAAGGUGGUUGCCUUUGAGACGGUGCACUCAAUGACGGGGGCUGUGUGUCCCCUUGAGGAGCUCUGUGACACAGCUCAUGAAUUCGGGGCGUACACCUUUAUCGAUGAAGUUCACGCUGUUGGGCUCUAUGGGCAGCAUGGAGCGGGAAUUGGGGAGCGUGACAAUCAACUCCACAACAUGGACAUUAUUUCCGGAACCUUGGGGAAGGCUUUUGGCAACAUUGGUGGCUAUAUCGCUGGAACAUCCAAUCUCGUUGAUAUGAUCCGCUCGUAUGCGGCUGGAUUCAUUUUUACAACAUCUCUCCCACCGACUGUUCUGGCGGGUGCCCUGAAGGCCGUUGAGAUUCUCUCAUCGGCCGAUGGGCGUGAGCUGCGACGUCGUCAUCAGACCAAUGUGCACUACUUGCGUUCAUUGCUGAAGCGCGAAGGUUUCCCGGUGGAGCCGACGCCCAGUCACAUCAUCGCCAUUCGCAUUGGGGAUCCGCUGAAGUGCAACCAAGUGUCGGAUUUACUCAUCCGGGAGUUUGGGCAGUACGUGCAGGCCAUCAACUACCCAACGGUGGCACGUGGUGAGGAGAAGCUACGCCUCGCCCCGACACCGUAUCACACGCCCGAGAUGAUGGAUGAGCUCGUGGCCAAUAUGAUGACUGUUUGGCGUCGUCUGGACAUGAAUCUCCAGAAGGAAUCAAUGGUGUGCACAACGUGCAAGAAGCCCCUUCUGCUGGACCAGUUGAAGGUCAAUGCGAUGCAGUGUGGUCAGUCGAUACUGUGUCAGAUACCAAACUGCCCACAAGUCGCUCUCGCAGCAGCCUAAACCGCGGCAAAAACUACGGAGCAGCAUCUCACAAAAGGCAGCGGAGGUUAUAAAACAAAUUUUUGCUUCCUGGAGGCUCGUCGUUCUCUUUUUUUUAUUUUAAAUUUCUCGUGGUUUAGGUGAUAUAUCAGUUAAACUGGUGUGCUUGGUAGGGUGUGUUGAAAAACAAUGUUGUUUUCUCUCUGUGCUCCUCCAAAAUGGGAAUAAAUGUUUAAAUUCAAAGGAAAAA